AAACGCUUAUCGACGGUCACAAUUGACGAUCCGCUUAAUGCAAAAUGAUUGGCUCCUGUGCACACCGCCAUUGCUAUAUAACCUACUCACUAACCGCAAAUUCACCACAAAUUUGCCAAUUCCCUUUUCUCAUCUGCCUACCGCUCGGGCAAAAUUCCCUUCUCGUAAUUCUCUUCAAAGCUUUCAGAAAUUGAAAUGGCGGGUCGGGGCAAGACACUAGGUUCCGGGGCGGCCAAGAAGGCCACAUCUCGAAGCAGCAAGGCCGGGCUUCAGUUUCCCGUCGGUCGUAUCGCCCGUUUUCUUAAGGCCGGCAAAUACGCCGAACGAGUCGGCGCCGGUGCUCCAGUCUACCUCGCCGCUGUCCUCGAGUACCUUGCCGCUGAGGUUCUGGAAUUGGCCGGCAACGCGGCCAGGGAUAACAAGAAGACGAGAAUUGUUCCCCGACACAUUCAGCUCGCUGUGAGGAACGACGAGGAGCUGAGCAAGCUUCUUGGAGAUGUUACGAUUGCCAAUGGUGGUGUUAUGCCCAACAUUCACAAUCUUCUUCUCCCGAAGAAGACAGGGUCGUCGAAGCCAUCUGCUGCUGACGAGGAUUAGGCCAGAGAUGCGUCGGAAUUCGGCUUUUAAUUCUAUAGUUGAAUUAGUGUGUUGUUUUGUGUUUAGGUGCAGUUGGUAGAAAGGGAACUGAGCUUCUUUACUUUUCAGUCUUUGUAAAUGAAUGACUGGAUGCCCUUUUUUUCUUGUUUAGCUAAUGUAAUCAACAAACAGCUACAUUCUUGAGCGCUUUAUGAAAUGGAAAAUUUUAAAUUUGCUAA